AUGGAGACGUGCGUCCUCCUUCCUUCCGAGUUCAGCCUGGUGCUAAGUGCCGAAGAGAACCAGCCGCACGACAGCGACCUGGACGAAGAGGAGAGCGUGUCGCGAGGACAUCCGUACGACAUGAAGGUGCGUCUGUGGGCCAACCAGGCCAUUCCCGCCGGAAGGGUCUUCUCGCCGGCUGACGGCUCGGUGCGCCUGGACAGGCUCGAAGUGUACAGCCUCCUGGACGACAAUGACGUACGACACUCCCUGGGCUGCUACGACGAGAUCCGCGAGGUCGAGUGUCGCCAGGUGCGCCACUGUAACUGGGUGCGCUUCGUGCGCGUCGCCCGGCGCAUGUCGCAGCGCGUCAACUUGGUCGCCAGCCGCGCCCGCAGGCCGUCGCCGGGGCGACACUCGCGCCUCCUUCCGGCGCCUCGGCAGCAGGGCGUGCUGUACCGCGUCCUGCGCCCCGUGCUGCCCAACUCCGAGCUGGUGGUCUUCGUCAAGGACGAAGACGAGCCCGGGUCCCCCCUCACGUCCACGCCCAAGCUCACCGCUGACCUGGGACGCCGUUUCUUGCAGAGGACGCUCCAAGACUCUCCGCUGGACCUAUCCCAAAGCCUGGUGUCCACGUCCGCGUCGUCCAAGUCCUCCAGCCAGGCGUCGUCGUCUCUAGCCAGGCUUUCCACGGAGUCCUCGGAGGCCCUCCGGACGUCGGCAUCGACGUCAACAACGUCGACGUCUUCGUCUUCUUUCACGUCGACU